UGUGUUCUAGACGUCUAAUGUUAUGGUUCCGGGUUCAUCACAUUCACAUGGAGUUGGAGUAAACUGAAGUGUUUUGAACUGACUAAAACAAUAAAUCUGUAAUAGAGGUAGAUAUAUUACCCAAUAAAUAAACAAUGGGUAAAUUAGCUAAGCCUCAAAGAAGUAAUAAACAGAAAAAGAUAAAAGCAGUUGAUCCUUUUUAUCAUGGUAGCAGAAAAGAAAGUCUCACGCAAGGAUUAAAUCAGAAACCAAAGCAGUUGGAGCAGGAAGUACCCAAGAAAUUGAAAUAUCUUGGUUUUUCCAUCGAAGGAGUUCGAGCUGGGAAAGUUGGCAAGAAGAGUGUCAUUAAGUUUCAGCAUCAUCCAGAUGGACCACGUCAGUACACAAAAAUAUUCAACACUCCUUUGGGGGCUAAACCAGACAAAAUGCAAGGGAGAACCAAUGGCCAAGAGUGUCCACCAAAGAAGCCUGCAGUCAUUCAAAAGGGAAAGUUGAAAGUUACUGAAGAGGCAUACCACAGCUACAUUGACAAUCUGGGACCUAGAAGGCCAUAUAAAGAGAACUUCUCUUUUGAGAAAGCUCCAGACGAGUCCUACACUGAUUUUCGCAGAAGGGUAGAAGAGGAGACCAAGUCAGUGCUCCUGAAAUCCGAGAUUGACAAUCAAUUUGAUGUUAGUGAUGAGAAACAAAUGCUAAUGAACAUGAAAAAGAAAGGCAUGAGUGACAAGAAAAAGCAACGACUUAAAGAAAAGAAAGAGAAGAAAUCUGCGGCACUCAAAGAAAAAAAGAUGGAAAAGAAAAUUGAAUUUGCUGCAUUGCAAGAUAAAGUGGAGUUUGGAGACGUAGUGCACGCCCCUCCUGUAUUGUCUGUCAGACCUAAGAAAGCACAAGUCAUGGAAACAGACAGGCCUGGACUGAGGAUGCCAGAACUGAAGGCAAUCUUUGAAGGAACUAAAACAGUGGAUUCCCUAAAACCUACUCAAAGCUCAAGCAAAGCACUUCGUCCUGAAAGGAAGGUUGGCAAAACAGUCAAGAGAAAGUCGAUGACAGUCAUCCAGAAAGCCAUUGCUGACAAUCAAAGAGAAAGUGCAAUACAAGCCUAUCGCUUGCUGAAGAAGAAAAAGGCUUGAUGUUCAAUGUGUAUUUAUAGUUUUGUAAAUAAAUUGAUUGCUGUAAAUA